GAUUAGUCAAGACUAGUCCCUCAAAAGUUAGGUUACCUAACCCAACGCAAUUGUGUACGUGUACUAUCGCAUUGUUAAACGUUGUUCUUGGCGUACUCUGUGAAAAACAGCAUAUUAAAGUAAGUAUUAUUUUUUAAAUAUUAUAUUAUUGUUUUAUGAAUUAUGUUUUAGGUAAUCUAUAAUAAUAUUAGGAUUAGUACUUCCACGUGUUUAAUAAAAAGAUCACUUAACAGAAACUUGUUUUGUUUUUUAGCGAAACCCGUGAACAUUUCAGUGAGCUGAUCGUCAAAAUAUUAACAUUGUUCGACAUUCAAAUUUUUAAAAUAUUCGAAAACCAUGACUGGGAACUGGUGCAGAGAAGAAAUAAACCAUCUUUUGAAAUUUUGUAGAGACGCGGAUAUAAUAUCAACACCUAAUUUAUAUGAACGAGAAGAUAUAUUCAAAGAGCUCUCGAAAUACAUGUGGAUUACAUUUGGAUAUAUUAAAACAGCAGAAGAAUGCAAAGAACAACUAAAAACAUUGGAAAAAAAUUUCCAGAGUUAUAAAAAUGUAUUACCCUUUAUGAAGGAGAUGAAUAUUUUGAUGUCUAUGCAAAUUAAAAGAAGAAGAAAAAAUGAUUCUAACAUAAAUGCAACAAUGAGAAGAAGGACAAGAAGUAGUUACAAAAUGUCCAAGGACAAAGGUAAUUCUUCAAUAAUUUUGUCAAGUUUGUGCAUUGGGAGUUGGGAGGGUUAUUUUUUGAUUUUCUUUAUAGUUUUUUUAAAAAUUGGAAAAAAACAUAAGAAAACGGGAAAAUAAAAUAUUAAAAAGAAUAUAGAAAUCUGAAAUGUUCACAGAAUAUUUAUAUUAAUCUUUUCUAGACGAUGAAUUGUCAAACAAAGAUUCAGACAGUGAUGAUUUGGACAGUGGAGAUUUGGACAGUGAUGAUUCGGCCAUUAAAAAUCCUCGGUUAAUUCCAAUAUUAAUGCGUCAACACACAAUUGUCAAUGACAAAAGUAAUUUUUCAACAAAUUUGUUAAAUGGGUGUAUUGAGAUUUGAGACAGUAAUUUUUUGAUUUUAUUUCUUUUAGUUUUCUUAAUAUUUUGGAAAAACAAAAAAAUUAAGCAUUAAAAAAAAUAAUGGAGAACUGAAGUUUUCACAAAAUACUUUAAUUAACUUUAAGAUCUCCUGUACAAAAUUGUUUGUUUUAACAGUUAAAUAAAUAAAUAAAAACAAUAAUAAUAAUAAUAAUUUUUUUCAGACGUGGUGAAAUUUUAAAAAAUUCUUACAAUUUUUAAACUAUUUAUAGGCAAUUGUUCAGGAUUUUUAGUUUAUAUUUGAUAGAAAAACAUAUUUAACUGAACAUUAUUUAGCUAUGGUUUAUCAUUAUUGUGUACAAAUAUAAACUACAUAUCUAUAUUUCCUAAUUUCCCACCUACAACAGUGGCACAACCAGUGGACUAUCAGCGAUACCAACUUUAAAAAAAAUGUAUUUAAUCAAUAUUUGAUAAAGUCCAACAUAGUAACCUAUGUGAGGUUUUUGAUUUGUAUAAAUGUAAAAUCUUUAUUUAAAGAAUAUUACUGUACAGAUUGAAACCUAAUUAACAUACGUAAUUAAAUAAGUAUUUGUUUGUUUUAAAUCGAAUUAUGUUAUUUCAUAGAAGAAGCUAAUCAACAGAAUAAACUGAUUGCUGGCACUUCAAGUAGAACAGAAGAACCUCAACAAUCUACAAGCAGUAAUUUUGGUAUGAUUUUUAAUUAAAUAGAUAUUAUAUUAUAAUAUAAUAAAAACAAAUAUGAUAAUAUUGUUAAGAAUAAUUGUACGAGUCUAACUUCAAUUUGUUUAUGGAUAUUGAGUUAUGGGUAUUAUAGAUUUCAAUUUUAUGAAUAAAAUAACAAUUAUUUUCAUAAAAAUGCUACACAUUUGAUGUUUUAAGAAUAAUGAAUCAUUUUGAAAAUUGAAAUAAUAUUAUUUAUAGUGUUAAUUAUAACAGUUUAUCUUUACUUUCUUUAAAUAUAAGUAGUAUAAGAGCACAUUUUAAUGAGUUGGCUUUGCUAUAAAAUAUAUAAAGUUAUAAGUUUAAUAUUAUUUGUUUGAAUGAGACAUUGCUGCUUGAUUAAACAAAUAUUUUUCUGAUUGGAUACACAUAUUUCUUUUCCGUUGGUAUAUUAAAUAAGUCAGAUGAUAUUUGAGUUUUUAAGGACUACUAUAUGUAUAUGAUAGAAAUAUAAUGUUUGUUCCCUUGUAUAACUCAAUUGAAUUUUUGUUAGCUGUUGAUAACGUUAAAUAUAGUGUCACAGCUAUACAUGGUUCACUCGGAGUUAAUCUUGAUUAAUUUUUAACUGGCUAAAUGCUUAUCUUAAUGGUAUUAAAUAUAACAUAAAUUAGUUAUCAGUGGUGACUUUCAUAUGAGUGUAUUUUAUUGUAACUAUUCUAUGUUGACAAUAGAAUAUAUUUAUUCAGUUACUGAAUAUUGGUUUAUUUUUUGUAUAAAUACAUUCACCAGGGUUACUCAAAAUUCCAAAAUUUGUAUUGUCUAUGUACUAUUUUUUUUUUUUAUAAAAUGUUUAAUUUCAUUUCCUAAUUAUCUAUAUUUAUUUAUAAUUUAGGUUAGGUUAUUAGUUAUUAAUUAGGUAUGGUACAAAUAUAAAAAAAGUGAAUAAAAAGUUAUAUUAUAAUUACAAAUUUUUCUAAGUUUUCAGUUAAUACUUGUUUUUAUAUGUUAUUAGUUGGUGGCAUUUGUUGGAACAUUUAACAUUUUUUUUAAAUUCCAAACAUUGACAGGACUGAAAUAACUGUUACACUAUCAGUUAACAAAACCGCGAUUGUUAAAAUUUGAUAAGUUUGCUAUAGCAUCAUGUAUGGACAUAAAUUUGUCUUUUGGUACUCUGUUAUCUUCUAAACCAUUAUUUGAAUUCAAUUUAUCCAGUGUUCAAUAUAGAUGAGAUAUAAUACUUUUACCUGUAGAACAUUUAUUUUUAUAUUGUUGAAUUGAAUAAUAUAAAUAAGAAAAUAUAGUUUAGUUUUUAAAAUAAUAUAAAACCAUUUAAUUUGUAUUAAUUGACUUGAAAUAGGCAUUUAACUAAACGUCUAGGCAUUUUAUUAAAUUACUAGGUAUUUAACUAAUUGUCUAGGUGGAUAGUAAAAUCGUAAAAAAUUAAACUAUUUGACUAUUUGCCUAGCCAUUUAGUAAAAUGCCUGAUUUGACUAUAUAUCUAUGACAUAUACACGGACAUCUUUAAACAUAAAUAAAUAAUUAAUGUUUUAAAAUAAUGUGAAUGUUUCAUUAAUUUAUUAAUUAAAUAACUUUAAUUUAAUGUUGGAACAUAAAUGACAUUCAUAACGUGUUAAUGAAAAAUAUUUAAAUAACUUGAAAUUAACAAAAUAAAAUUAAAACAAUGGAAAGUCAGUCUUAUUAAUCUUUUAAACAAGAAUUUUUUCCAAUGCAUUUUAAAUAACCUUUAAAAAGUCACAUCUAAUGGUUGACACAGGUGAGUACUAUUUAGUGGUAAAAAAAUAAACAUUAUAUUAUAAUUUUUAAAUUGUUCAAUUACAUCAAGUUAUAUGUGGCUCACAAGAUCAUCACCAAUCAUCCCUUUUUGGUUAUCGGCAGGGAAUUUCUGAUUGUAUAGAAUGAUUAAUUUAUUAUAUCAGUCUUAGAAUAAAGUGCUAUCGAAUUACCCAGACUUGGAACGAUUAUACUUAGGCUCACCCUCUGUCUAACAAUCAAGUGUUUUGCUUCGUAGACCACAUAGGGUGGUAAUAGAUAUCCGGAGGACAUUCUAGCAAAUAUUACAGAGACAUUAGAUUUAGACGAAUUUAAAAUUUGUUUUGGAUAUUUACAACCUCUUUUUGUUAUUAUCUUAGCUUUCCUAGGGUCAUCAGUAAUAUUAGUUUCGUCAUAAUUUAUAAUUAAAUUUGGAGAAACUCCAGCUAACGAGUUUCCUAAGAGGUCAAAAUAUUUUUUCAUUGAUCCAUGAUGUAUUUCCGCUCUUGAUCUCUUUAAAUUUUUAGCUAAUUGCUCACUUAAUAUAGAUUUAUUUCGAAGUAGAAAGGGGGUAAUUACUAACCCGAUUUUCCUUAAUUCCUUUUUUAUCCAGGAAUUGUAUCAACAACCAAAUAUCCAUGGAUGUAAAAGGAAAUCCCCAUUUACUAGACAGACAUAUUCCUUUAACGAGAUUUUCCUCGUCUUAUUCCAAUAUUGUAUUUGGUCUGCCUACUUUUAUCAUAUAAGUAGUAUAAGAGUAAAUAAGUAGUAAGAGUUUUUAUGUAAUUUUUAUUCGGUAGGUAUUUUGUGGAUAAAAUUGUUUGAUCAAACAUGGUUAAAAAUUUGUAUAUGUGUAUAUACAUUUAUUAAUUUUGUAUCGAUAAAAUAAUAUAAGAUAUAUAAAUAAAUAAAUAAAUAAUAAUUAUUAAUUUAUAAAAAAUAUCAACAAAAGUAGUUAGGUACAUAAUAUUUUUAAUUAGUUACAGUUAUACAAAACUUAAAUUGCCUAUAUUUGUUUUUAGAUUACAAUGAUACUUAUACUUUUGCUACUAUUUUUAUCUAAAAUUAUUAAUGUAUUUUUAAUCAGAUAUUUAUUAUUUGAAGAGUAAUCAGAAUUUAUUUUCAUUGAUAUUUUCAAUCUGAAUACCUAUGGUAAUUUAUUUGAAUUGAACCAUGUGUAAAUAGCAGUUAUUAUAAUAUUGAAAAAAGAAAUAGUUAUGCUUAAAUAUAGUGUAUUAUAAUUUACAAUACAAUUUAUGAUUUUUUUUUUUUUCAGCGGCCAGUUUCAAUCAAUUAGUUGUCUCUAAGAAUGUGAUUGAUUCUAUUACAGAACUUAAUGACAAAACUAUUCAAUAUUUAAUACGAAUUAUAAGAAAAUCGGCCAUGGAUACAAUGGAUAUAGUAUGCCAGUUACAUGAUUCCUAAGGUGAUAUUUUAAUCAAUGUUGGUAGAUAACUACAUUUUUCAUCUUUGCAUUAUACUUAAAAUUGUUCGGAAAAAAAAAACAGUUUAAAUUGGGUAAUUUAUGUCUUUUAGUAUUUUAUAUUCUUAUAUUUUUAACAUAUUAUUGAUAUAAUUAUAUUUCUAUCUAGUAGUAGUACCUACAUUAUAUUAUAGUAUCACAUUGUGAAACUGCAACUUUUUAACCUCUUCCUUACAAUACAAUUGUACUAUGGGCUGUUUUGAUAAAUUUCUACAUCCCAGAUAAAUUAGAAAUAAUGAUUGCCAUUUUGAAAGUUUAAUUACAGGGAAAAUUGUCAUUGUAAUUUGAAGUAAAAUAAUAUUUUACCCAUAUUAUGGGCUUAACAAAGGGGUGUUGUCUCAUCUAUUUCUUCUUAAUUAUAAUUAGAUGCCAUUAAAAAAAAAAACCAAGAAAGAUUAUAUUGCUGAUGGAUACACUAACCUUUUUAAUACUAAAUAAAAUAAAAUUAUGAAAUGGAGAAUAUUUGUUUGUUCCUAUUAUCUUUUGUCAUGGUAAAGUUUUUAAUAUCUACUAAAUUGAAUUCAAUUUUAUAAAAUACUGAAUACUUGAUCCAUAAAAAAGUAUGUCCUAAUUUACCUUUGGGUCAAGCAUGAAAUUGUAGAGCAUUUUAUAUCGGUGUCAAGUUAAACAUUUUCAAGGGUAACUUGGGACAGUGACUUUUUUUUUUUUUAUAAAAAAGGAGUUUAGACACAAUUUUUCAAAAUUGACAACAAAUUUACAUUUUGUAUGCUAAUACUCAUAUUUUAUUUCAUUUAUUAAUUAGUCAAGUAUUAUAUUAUUUCUAUGAUAAAUUAAAUGUAAACGAUUAGAGUGUCCCAUGUUAUUCGGUUUUACAGUGAUAAUUUUAUUUCACUCCAUAUAUAUUGGUAAAUUUCUUAGUUUUUGGAUGAUAGUAAACAAUAAAUUAGAGAAAUGUAAAAACGAAUUAGGUACAUAUACACAUUUAAUUCAAUAUUAUCUCUUCCAAAAGGUAUAUUAAUUGUGUAUAUUCUAAUGUUUGUGGAAUAAUUUUUUAUGGGCACAAUAUAAUGAUUUGCACACUAAUUUUAAACUAAAAUACUCAAUGUCUUUAUCAAAUACACUUUAACGUAUUUCUUUUAUAAUAAUUUUGUUUAGUUUGGUAUGUAGAUCUUCCGUACACUUAAAUUUCACAACUGUUUUAAUGAGAUCCAAUUUGAUUGAGUUACCUUCUAGAGAAGGAUUAUUGUGAGGAAAAUUUUAAGUUUCAAUUAUUUCAUUUAAUUUAUAAUUAUUGAAAAUAGUCAUGUUGAACGAACAAUUUGUACACCAAAAACAAAUAUUAUUAUUCUUUAAAGCAUUUAAAAUUAUUGUUAGUUAUAAUUGUAUUAUCUCAUUUUGUUUGUAGAAUAUAUUUUAUUUUUGUGUCCAUUUUAAUUAACGGCACUAGUUAUGUAGGUCCGCUCUGUUCUACAAACAAAUUAACUGCCCUCCCACCCAAUUUCAUAUCUGAUCAUCAUCCAGAGUUGUGUUAAAUUUUAACAAUUUUAUUCAAAUCAUUUUUAGUUUUUUAAACAAUUUAAAACACAAAUUUGUGAAACAUGACCUUGCAUUUAGUUUUAUAGAGGUAUAGUAGGUAACUACUUACCUAUGCUAUAACUAGAAACUCAGAUAAAAAAAAAUGUAUUUAAUAUGAGAGUUGUGGUAUGUAUAGGUUCCUAUCCCAGUUAUUAGAUGUAUUUUUAUAAAUAAAUUUAAUUUUAAAUUUUAAACAUAAUAGGUAGACCAAUGUACCAUAAGAUGCUUAAAAACAACAUACAAUUUUAAUUCAACUAAAUAAAUUUAUUAAAAAUUAACUUUUUUUUUUUUAGAUACAACCUAUGUAUAAUUUAUAAAUAAUAUUUAAACACAAUAAAAUAAAUUUAAAUUUUACUGAAAAAGUUGAUCACAAUUUUUUUUUUAUCCGUGCGCAACUUUUUUACUAGCAGUCUUGCUCGGAUUUCUACUUGUAGCACCUUUUCUGGAAGGAAAUCGUUGUGAGGAGAUACUAUAAAUAGGUCAUUAUUCGAUUUUCUCUAGAUUUUUCUCAUCAAAUGUGAAUAACUGAAAAAAACCGGAAAAUUUACGAAAUAUAAUCAACAUAUUCUUACCAUUUUUUUUCCGUAGACAACUUUUCUACCAGCAAUUUUGCUCCAACUUUUAAUGAUAACCUUGUUUCUAAAAGGAAAUUUCACUAGGGAGGUACUUUAAAGAGGUCAUUUUUUGAUUUUCUUAGGAGUUUUCACAGAAAAUGUGAAAAAUCGUAAUAAAAUAUGGGAAAAACGUAGGGAAAUUGGGAAAAUCGGUAAAACAUUAAAUAAAUAUUAUUGAAGAAAAUAUAUAAAUCCUAUUUAAUUAUUUUACUAUAAAAUAACAUAUAUAUUGUUGAAAAAGUAUCAGUAUCAACUGAAUUCCGCUCAGAAUCGUUUCUUCGUAAGCAAUGGUUUAUCAUUGCUUACAGGUAUACAUUAAAUCACCUAUAUAACAGUGGCUGCACCCGUGAUCAUUAUCCUAGGAUAGCUUUUUUUUUUACUGCAUACGUUGAAGCUCGAGAGUGUUACGAUAUUAUUUUGUACAGUUAUAAUAGAUUUGCCGUAUACCAUCUAUACCAAGUCGAAGUUUGUAUUAUGAUAAUUUCGAAUUAUUUUCUAGUUCUCAUUGUUCUUCCAUUCCUCUCCCAAUAAAAUGACAUGUGUAUACCUAUGUAUACAUUGUACAUCUUCUGUUAGGCUGAGUCGGUUGAUUUAUCAGUUAUAUGUUUUCAUUCGAGGAAACGUCCGGUUUGUCAUGGUUUGAAUUCCGAAUCGGUUUAUUUGUUUUAUUAUUUCAAACAUCCGACAGCCGGUUAUUUGAUUUCGCUGAAUCCAUGACUGGAAACCUUUUCGGGAAAACGUGCAAACACGCAUUUUAAAACGCCAAAGCUCAUCAUCAUCAUUCAUUAUUGUACCAAUAUUAUCUCCGAAUCGGUUGCUGUACGGAAAAACGGACGGCUUUAUUUCACACCUAAUUUACAUAAAAAAAAAAUAAAAAAUAAAGUAUUAUUAUAUUUCGGUGUACGUGCAUCGUUUGAAUUAAAUUAAGUUUUAUGAUCCGAUUACGUUUAAAAGCUGCAAACGUGCUCAAAUUUGGCAUUUUUUUUUAUAAACCUACUCCCUAAGACAAAAUUAAUACCGAUUUUCGUUUACGAUACCUAACAAUACAAAAGAAUUUAUAUUAUAUUAUAUAGGCCGUAUGUACAAAACAAAAAAAAAGUACAUUUUUUUUUCGUGCACUUAAAAUAUACUUUUAAAAAAAAUUAAAUAUAUUUUAUUGGUAUUGGCAGUCUAAAGUAUCUCUCUUGUAAUUUAUUGACGUACCGAUCACAAAUUCCUUAACGCGUUUAAACGUGUUUAUUGAAUACACGUGCUGUCGAUAAAAACGUAAAGAAUAAAAAAAUACAUUUAAUGUAAAAAGUGACCACCUAGUUGUUAAACAAAACUUGCCUGUGACUUGUGUUGCGAUAAUGACAGAACAAGUUUUAAUUAUUUUUCAAAAAGUGAGCAGUGAUAAUAAUAAUGUAUUCAUAAAAAUUAGUGUAUCAUCAAAUUAUAAAAAAAAAAAAAUUGUCAAAAAGAAAUUUUGCGAAAGUUGAAUGAACAUUUUACGGUAAAUGUAUGUACCUACUUAUUUUAAUCGGCUUAACUUAUUUUAAUUUUAAUUAAAAUAAUAUUAAUUAUAUCUAUACUUACGUAUAAUGUGGCAAAGAUAUAAUUGGUUGAAUUCACGGAAGUUGUUGAAUCAUAUAUUAUUAUUAUGUGAUCGGGUAAAAAAAUACCUGUUGAUCGGUUACCAGAGUCAAAUUUCCUCUCGGCCGACUUAUCGCCGUUACAAUAUAUUUUUUUAAAUACUUGUAUUUUAUAAACCCAGUAUUUCCUGUUUAAUCGUUAAAUUUUAACACAUAAAUGGUUUUGGGGAAGGAAAAUUGAAAGUUGAAACCCCCUAAAGGUUUAUCACAUUCUUGAUAAUUAUGCUAUGCAUACUCGUGUAUAAAAUUGUAUUACCUUGGCUUUAUUCAGGGGUCUGUAGGGGUGUAUAUAGCUAAAAUUCACUCUCCUGCUACAAAAACAUGGUGAAAUUCAUAUUCAAUCGAUAUUUGAUCACUUCGAGCCGUCUAAAAAACAACUCUUAUUACCGAUUUUGAGGUUAUCUCGCCUUGAGAAAGUAGCUAAAUGUGUCCAAAAGUAACAAAAGAUUUUCAGUGAAAUUCGACAAAAAAAAAAAAAAGAAAACGCAAAAAUUGCUUUACAAAAUUAUUAUACUAGGUUUGUAUUUAUAAAAUAUACUUAUACGAAAAAGAUGCGACUAGUGACGUGCAUAGGGCAGUGGCGUGUUUAUGAGGGAGGUAUGAGGGAUAGACCUUUCCCCUCCCCCUUUUUUUUUAUAAUAAGACUAAGUGUACUCGUAAAUAGAACAGAUCUCGUAUUAUGUAAUUUGUUAGGUGACAUAUUAAUCAGUUACUUAUGUAUUUUUUAACAGUCGAAUAUAUAUUAUAUAUGUCGACAUUUAUUCACUUUGUUAUCACCUGAGAGUGAUAUUACACAACAAUAAUAUAAAAAUAAAAAUAUGAAUUUAAACUGUUUUUUGAAUCCAACUAUUAAAUUCUCAUUGUUGGGUCAGCUGUUAUUUAACAGAAAACAAUUUAUGAUUCAUUCGUCAAUCACGAUUAUUAUUUACAUUGCAUUCCCUUCUAUUGGGAACGGGACCUUGGUGGUAAUUUGCAGGUCUUGUGCACGUAAACAAAUAUUACAAACUAAAUUAUUGUAUUUAAUUGAUAAUAUUGUAUAGGCAUAUAUGCACAUUUUCUCGGCGGAAAACUUUCUUCGUUAGUAUGACGUGUCUGCUGGUGUUGCAGUUUAGAUAGGAUGAAACUUUAUAAUGCAGUUUAUACAAUCACAAGAGGUUCACUGAUUUGACUGCACUAUAUAAUUUAAUACGAGUAUGUACGAACGACCGCGGGGAUAUCAUUCCGCGUUAUUAUAACGCAAUCAGUCAGACAAAAAUAUUGUAAUUACGGAGCUGUAACGAAGCCGAUGGAAUAAAAACAUAAUUUAGGUAGAUAUAAUUCGUUGGAAAUUGUAUUUCCCGGUAUAAACAUAUUUCGAAAACCAUCAGAUUUGAAAUCCGCAGAUAUCAUCAUAGAAAAUAAAUCCAGACAAAUCGGCUCGUAAAAUCUGCGAAAUAGUCAUAACAUUAUUUUUAUAAUUGAAAAUAAAUUGAGGAAAAAUUAUAGUCAAAACAGAGCGUUACAUUUUAAUUUGUUAAAAAAAAAAUACCAUCGUAAAAGCGUGUGAUCGCUAUUCAAUUGAAAAUUAGAUUGCACUUUUUGAUAAACUUCAGUGUAUUAAUUAUACCAGUGUUUAUUUUAGACCUCCAUCCUCGGAGGAGUAUCGUAAAUUUCUAAGGGGGUAUGCCGGGGAAAAAAUUAAGAAAAUACGCUUCAUGAUGACUUUUUUGUAGUUCAUUAAAAUACUGUUAUUUAUAUAACACAAUAUUUAUUUUUAUAUUAUUAUCAACAAGAUGACUGAUAAUCGGCCCAUAAAUCAUAGCACAUGUAGUUUACGUAGUAAUGUCAUGCAUUUUUAGGAGGUGGUAUACAUUUUUCUGAAGGGGGGAGGGUUAUACUCCCUGGUCAUUCCCCUAAAAUAACACUGACUUAUACAGAAGCAUAACUUUACUGUUGCUUACUGUUUUGCAACGUGUAAGCAACACACAAAUAACAUAAAAAUGAUUUUAGUUACAAUUUUAAUUUAAUAAAUAAUUUUUGAACAUUAAAAUCAUAAUAUUUCCUACUGUAGACUAAACAUAUUGAAUUCAAAGCAGUUUUCUUAUAUAUAUUUUGUAAUAUUAUUAUUAGGAUUUCACAUUUUUCUAUUUUUGGAUAGUCGUGAAAUUACUCUAUUCAAUUUUCGGAGUAACCUAUAAAAAUAAAAUAAUUAUUAAUCGGUUUCCUUCCCUUCUUAUGUAAUAUUUUAUUAAGGAGAUUGGUGACGAUUAUCCAUAUUUUCUUUAAUUUUCGUAAAAUUUGAAAAUGUUAUUGCAAUUUUCACCUAAUGAUAAGAAUUGGCCACUAAUCUACUGCCCAAUAUCCAAUUAAGGAGAAGAGAUAUGGCCGAUUUUACGGACAAAUAUGAAGUAUUAUACCGAAAAGCCAGACAAAACUGUAGGAUUACGUUUGACUGAUUUAAAUUUCAAAGAUAUAUAUUACUAUUCGUUAAGUUUUUAAAUAGUAUACGUUGGAAUUAUUUGUUUUAUUUUAAUUAUUGUUAUCGUAAGUAAAAAGAAAAAUACUUAAAAAUUAUUCUAAGUAAAUUGUUGAAUUUUUUUUCAAAAAUUAAAUCAAAUUUGUUUAUGAUUUCUAUUAAAAAAAAAUUAAAUUUCUAAUUUAUCGCAGUAAAGGAGCAAAAGAAUCAAUCCGUUUUCAAACGUGAAAUCCGUUAAACACAAUUCCUACAAUUUUAUCUGGAUUUUACGCCUAAAUAAAUUAAAAUAUUCAUCAUCAUCAAUCCCCUUAAUGGUUACUGUAUUUGAUAAAAUAAUUCGCGGGUGCGUUUGAAAAAGGUGUUAAGUUAAUGUGUCAGAUUUAGCUUUUCCUUUGAAAGAUUUUGUAUAAUGAAAGUCACUAAAGUAUGUGAAAAAAUAAAGAUUUUGUCGGCUUUUUUAGUAUGUAUACCUCAUUUUUUACAAUUUGGUGAUUUAAAACAUUUUUCACUUAUAACCGUGAAUUAUUGUAAAUAUUUUAUCGGUACCUUAAACGUAGGAAAUAAACCUCUCUCUUUCAUUCUUAAAUUCAAUCCGGUCGAAAACCCUUUCCAGACUUUCAGUGGUUGAGUUCCAACAGAUCUGAUCGUCCUUUUUUAGUUCUAUUUCCUCAUAAUCGGGAUGACGGGGUGCUACGCAAACGUACAGUUGGUGGAGCUCCCGCGAAUAAUUGUACACUUCGUCCAAAGAUCUAAACAUGGCUGACGCGUUUGGAUAAAAGAAAGUCGUCAUUUCGUAGACCAUUCGACAUACCUGACGUAAAAAUCAAUAUUAUUAAAAUCGCAGUCCUUUUUAAAAAUACAUUUUUUCCGAUGCACUCAUUAGACUUAAUUUGCUACCAGAAACCAUCCCAUAUAUUGAUAUUUGCGGAACGAUUCUUUUUCAGUUGAAAUAUUGUAUUGACAAUAGACAGAAGCACAUAACUGUGCACUAUAGUAAUACUUUACCUAUUCGUUACGCUAUAAAAAAUGAGACUUCGUGAUUAAAUAAUAAGAUUAAAUGUUUACUCGUGUUAAUAUUAUUGAAACAACGGAAGAAUAACCUUUUUUUGUUUUCUGAAAACCAGUUAUACACGCCGAGCUCUGCUGAAAAUUUAAAUUUUACUUUACUAAAUUGUCCAUACCUACUACAGCGGCUUUCCUAUGUCUAUUAUUUAUUUUAAAUUCUGAGCAGAGCGUGAAGAACGUAUUGGUUUUAAAUGGUGUUUAUUAUUAUUUUGGAUUUUUUAUCUGUGAACAACAUCUAUACCGGCAAUUUUUCACCAAUUUUCAAUUACAGCACUUUGUCUGAAAGAAAAUCUGACCGAGAUGGUACUUUAUGGAGGUCAUUUUUUGAUUUUCUCAGCGGUUUUCAUAAUAAAUGGGAAAAACUAGGAAAAAACAUGGGAAAAACCAGAAAAACGUAAGGAAAACGGGAAAACAGGUACAAUAUAAAUUAAUAUCAUUAAAGAAAAUAUAUAGUGUAUAAUAUGUAAUUUUUUUACCACAGUAUGAUAUUUUAUGUAUUGUUGACAAAGCAAUUUACACUAUCAACUGAACUCCGCUCAGAAUCGUGUUUUGUUACCAAUGGGUAAUCGUUGCGUACAGAUAUACAUUCAAUUUUCUCAAUUUCUCACCUACAACAGUGACCCACCUAUCGUGCAAAGUAUGUCCGUAUCUUUUUAAUUGCGCUUUUGUUUAAAAUGUAUAUAAUAUACAACUUCACGUACAUUAGAUAAAAAAGUACAGAUUAUGAAAUCGCAAGGUGACAAAAAAUGUACGUCGGUGAUGUUGUUAUAGAUAGAUUGGUCGAAAUCUCGUCCAUUUUCCAUUAUAUUUUCGACACCAAUCACUUCGUAUUCCGGGUAUCUUUAAAAAUGAGUUUCAUUUAUUCGAUUAUUCGUAAAACGCAUGUACCAAAAAAUAUUGUAAUUAUUAUUUCAAAAUACUUUGUUUUCACUCGAGCAUAUAUACUCAUGCCUUCCGAUUCCAAAUAAAUCAGUCUUUUCACUUUGUCGACGUCCAAUUUUCGCAUUCUGUAAUAUUGUUCGACGUGAUACAUGUAUUUGUCUACAUUCUGCAACAGAUACUGUAAGCCUUUAUCCGUUCGUCUAAUGUGCACUCUAUAAUAAUACAUAUAUUAUACACGAUCAACCAACUUUCCCUUCCCCCCCUCAUUUUUAUAUAACUAUAUGCGUUUACAAAUAGGGCUGGAAAUUUAAUGUUGCGUGAAACUUCAAAAAUACUCCCCCCCCCCCAAAAAAAAAUGUUCUUGCUCGCCCAAAAAUUAAAAAUAAUGUAAUAAAAAAAAUCGAAGAAAAAACUUAAAUAAAAAAUUGUUAACAGACAAUUUCUUAUUCUAAUGUAAAAAUACACGAUAAUUACAGAUAAUUGUGUACCUGGUCAAUAUUUUACUGCAACUGAUGUGAGUCUGGCCGACGAAUAAUGACAUGUAUUACUUAACGGUGAAUAAAGGAUUUCCCACUCAUUUUUUGUAAACUUCCAAUUGCCUGCGGUGUCGUUCAAUUUCAACGUUCGGUUUGUAAUGUACGCCAGUACGAAAUAAUUGAGUAGGAAGUGCAAGCGACACGUAUAUCCGCAGUACUGAAGUAAAUAUUUGAAUAUAAUAAUCAUCCCAAUACACACGUACAAAUAUAUCUUUGGUCUCUGGGAAGAAGGGAUUAAGUUAAUUUUUGACUUUUUUUUUUAUAAUAUUGUUUUAUCUAAUGUGAUAUCCUUUAAUUUUUAUUCAAAAUAACAUAAGUAUAUAUUUUCUUUUGGUUUUAUAAUUUCAAAAGUGUUCAUCUCCACUAUCACUACCUUCCAUCUUUAUUAUUUCCCCAUCCUGAAUAUUUUUUCUCCAACUUCUAUGUACAGUAACCUUCAGUCUUGGCUUACCUCUUCGAAAGGGCUGCGCGAUUAUUUUAUAUUCAAAUAAUCGUAAUUUAGAAUUAUUAUAUUCGUUUAUAAUCGAUAUAGUAGGUUUUCGAUUAUUCUUUCGACUAUAAUCGAUAGAUAAAUCAUAAUCGACACGCAAAUUAUAAUAAUCGAUCUAUAAAUUAUAAUCGGGUAUUCGGUUAUAAUUAUUUAAUUAAUGGCAUAUUCCUGUACAAUGUGUCUCAUCGUGUUCGAUGGAUUUUUCUAGCGCUGUUAGUAUAACAUUUUAUCCGAUUUUUUUUUUGAAUCGGUUUGUUUCCGAGAGGGGAACACCGAUUUGGAAAAAAAAUUAAAUUUUUAUUUUCAUCCUCUAAAGACAUAAAAAAACAAAUUUUAAUGUAUUACACAUUCAUAUUCGAUGAAUAAUUUCUUAGUUAAAAUCGUUUUCAUUAGGCGUGAAAACGAUUAUUAUUCAAUAAAAUAAUACGUUAGGCGAUAAGGAAUUAUAAUCAGCACGGCAAUUCUUUACCUUUUAUUAAAUAUUAAUUGUUUUUACACCUAUUUUCUAGAAAUUAAAACGGCUAUAAUUAAGAAACUAUUAAUCGAAUAUUAUGUUUAAUACGUUAAUAUUUUUUACAAAAUGGUCAGUUUUUUGGUUAUGGUUUUAUGUUUAGGGGAUGAAAAUCGAAAACAAAAUAAUUGAAAAAAAUAUACAUAUAAAAAAAAUGUAAUAUCAACAGCACUAUGAAUGCCCGUCGAACAUACUGUAGAUAUAUUGUUUUCCCUCGUCUGACAACAUAGACACAGAAACAAUAUUAUAGACAAUUUUAGAAUGUACCUACCACCGUAUUUCGCACAGCCCUACUCAUCGAACUAUCGCUUUCUUGAUCAUUUCUCGGUUCUUUUCCAAUUAGUUGACAUUUUAUGGCCUCAUGCCCUUAUUCCUUUAUAGUCGUUGCUUCAUCUCUUAUUGACAUUGCGUGUCUAAAUCAUUGCAAUCGUUUGCCUUUAUGAAAUUGGUUACCUUGGACUUACGUAAUUUCUCUGACUUUAACGUUUGUUUUUUAUUUUUUGUAUCAACAUCCUAACUCAUGGUUACAUAACAUAGCACAGGUUUUUUUCAAUAUCUUAUUUUCAAAAGAUAGCUGUAAUCUUUUCUCCAUUUGUGCUGUUCACACCUCGCAUCCACACGUCAUACUAACUACAGCCGUGUUUAAAGUCUUAACUAUUCGUUUUUUUUGAGAUUAAUUUGGAUUAAAAUUCAAAGUGUAGAUAUUUUCAAAAUUUAAUUUGUUUGUAUUGAAAACUAAAAUUGACCAAAUUACCCUUUCCUGGGACCAUAGGUUUAUUAUAAGGUGACAAAUUUCCGAGUAAAAAAAAAAAAAAAUUAGGAAAUUAGGAAAUUAGGAAAUUGUUUUCUAUUUUUGAAAAAAUUGUAUAAAAGCCGUAGAAACUACACUAUUUUUACGGUGGAAUUCGUUUGACGAAAACAUGUUAUAGACAUGUGUUCACGCUUAUUUCAAUACUAAGUAGUAAGUGUAUACAUAUAGUUUAAGCUAGGUUACUUACGCUGGUUAAAUUACAAACUAGUUUUCUGGAGGCUUUACAAUCCGAUUGGUUUUGCGAUCGUCCGAGUCUCGUUUGCAUCAAAUUACGUAGAUUUUCCGAUUGUUUUCGUCGCCUCGCGGAAUAGUUGUCGACGUUCGUCAGAUUAUGAAUGUCCAUCAACAAGAUCAGACACUGAUCAUUGGCCAAUUCCCGGACAAUCGGCAAAUUGAUCAACUUUUUGACACCGUCGAUGCGGGCCAACUCGUUGAGUUCGGCAUUGAUGUAAUUCCUGUAUCUUCGUGUGCAUGCGCCGGCGUAAGAGUUCGUGAUUUACGGGCGGUGCCCUCUAUAAGAGAAAAAUUGAAUAAAAAUAUUAUUUUGCAUUCAUAAAAUUAGGAAUAUAAUCAAUUAUAAAUUACUAAAUACAAUUUAGUUUGCAACCCCGAGUUUCGAACGUAUCGACUUCGUUUCGGAGCCUUUUGUUUUGUACGUGGUAGAUUUAGUUGCCCGCGUACUGCUUCCAGUUGAAUUUUUCCGUUAUCACCAGAAUAACGUAACAUAAAAACACCAAAACCGCUAAAAUAUGUAAUAAAUACGGCGACAUAGUUGUUUUUGCUGAUCACGGAUAGCAAGAAAUACGAUUGUCGGGUGGUUUGUAAUUUUUCUAAUGUUGACUUGGAACUGUAAUAUAUAAAGAACGGAUUUAUAUGUACUUAAAAUUCACGAAAAAGCGCUUAAAAACGUCAUAAAAUCCCUAAAUAAAUCAUUAAAAAUAUUUGAAAGAACUGUAAAGGUAGAGGGGUUUAAAAUGUUCCCGUCUAUUAUUUCUGAUUUAUUAAAAAUAAUUUGUUCACAUUAAAAAACCGAUUAUUACAAAAUAAUUUUCUUCAAAUAUAUUUGUACGUGUUAUAAAAAUAUAAAAAUACUUGGUGUUAAUUAUUUUGUCAAUGUUAGAAAAUUGUAUUUAAUAGGGUUAGAAUUGUUAGAGUGGGGACUUUAAAACCCUUUUACCACUUUUGCUUUUUUAAAUAUUUUUAAGCGCUUCUUUGAAGAUUCAAGCGCUCUUUUGAGAAUUUUAAGUACAUAUAAAUCCAUUCUCUAGUAAUGUAGAAUACAUUUUUAUUUUUAAAAAUUUGAUGACUAUGAGGUAUCGUACUUUUCAUUUUUAUAUUUACAGAUAAAAACGAAUUUAUGAUAAUAAUAGUCACGAUCCCACAAAUUAUAAUCAUAAUAUCUACUUGGGUAUUACUUAGUUACUAUCUAUCUAUUGUUAAAAUUGAAUAGAUAUUUUGAAUAAAAGUUUAUAACUAAUAGGUAGUUUUUGUGUACUUCUUUGUUUAGGUUACUUGUUUUUUAAAUUUAUACAUUUUUAAUGGUAAAUAAUACAGUAACUAUGUACAAAUUUAAAUUUAAGUGAUCAUUGAGUCUGAAUUAUCACGAUUAGAAUUCUAUAAAUGCUACAACGCUACAGGUUUUGAAAUACAUUAAUAGAUAAUAUUUCAUAUUUGCAUUCAGUUUCAUUAGUUAUUUUAAUUUUGAAUAUCUGAAUAAUGAAUUUGAAAUAAAGGUAAUCGUAAUAUCGAAAUAAAGGUCGAAUAGGUAAUCGUAUGAAUUAUAUAUAAAUUUUCUUUUUACCCAAUACAUGUGUGUGGUGUUUUGAAUUUGAAAUAAGUAAGUAUAAUUUGAUAUCUCCAGAAUAAUCCCCUAGUAUUUAACAUCAACAGUCUUUAUUUAGAUACAAAAUGACAAACACCUGGUUUAAUCAUUAUUACUAUGACAAUAACAACUAUAAACAAAAUACAAAAUAUUAACUUAAGUUAAAAAGUUAGUUUAAUGUUUACAUUAAAUUUUAACUCAACUUAGUUAAUUUAUACAGCAAUUAGAUUUUAACGCGUAUACUCUUUAAUUAUUUUUUAACUAACUUAAUUGAAUUCACAUUAUUCAUUACCUUACCCAACCAUGUUAUUUUGUGUAUGUGUACAAUUACCAGUAUUGGUUACUGUCGAAUAGUUUAUACUAUCGAUAGUUUUCAACAGAUUGGAUGAACUACCGAAUGUUUCAUUCAAAUAGUUUUUUCAAAAACCAAAUAAUUCCACUAGAUAUUCAAAUAGCUUUUGAAUUAUCGAACAAUUCGAAAGUAAUUAUUGGGUAGUGCCCAACGCUAAUAUACUCGGUGAAUAUUAUAACAUAAGUGAUUUACACGACGACGGUGACAGCAUUUACUCAAUCGAUUAGGUAAAAAAAAAAAUAAAUCACCGGACUUACCGUUGUAAUGUUCGAUAACCGAUUUUUUUAAACGAACGACGACUCUAUAAGAUAAUAUAAUUUGUAACGAUACGUAAUAUUUUUACACAUACAAUUUUUCGGCGUACAAUAUCGCACUGCAGCGGUGCAGGAAAAGUAAAAAAAUAUGAGGAAAAAACGUUUUCCAACAACAAAAAUCACGCGGUAUAUUUUUGAUUAAUAGCUCGUAAAUCAUAUCCACGUUAUUUGUAUAAAAAACCAGUAGACCGCAUAAUACCGUGGUUCGCGUUUUUACAGAUUCUAUUCGGGUUCGGCCCAAGCCUGUAAAACGUAUAACGUAGUUGGUUUUAUGAAUUUUACCAAACAUAAUUCAUACUUCUUGGUUCACGGUAAUGCUCCGAAAAAGUUCGCGUCCUGAGUGUAAAACCACCGUGGUUAUAGAUAAAAUAUUAACAUAGAGGAAAUGAAAAAUCUUGACCCACCCGUCAGUCCAAUCCUGUUAGAAUGCUUCGGGGAAGUUAUGUGUAAGUUCAUCUAAGUCCUAGUCGAUGAAAAAUCACGACUGGUCGCGUAUUUAUUAAGUACCGCUUGGGUGGAACUCGGAGAAGGUCUGCAAAUACGUUACCGGGUCCCGUCAUUUCCGCAAGUAUAAUUGUAAUCGUGUUGCAGGUUACACAUAAAAUAGUAUUUGUACAAUAUUUUAUUACAGUAAUGAUUUAUUAAAACGACAAAUAAAAAAAAAAACAUUCGUUAACAAUAUUUGUACACAGGUCGUUGAACAUUCAUGUUUCAAUCAGUUUGACCGUGAAAUACAUAAACAUAUUAUAUUUUUUUUUGAUUAUUGUUGCGAAAAUUGUUUGGAAUCGUAUAUUAUUCUAAAAUUUUACGUUGCUCUUAUUUUUCCACCCUUAUAUGUUCCGGAGGGGAGGGGGGUGUGAGACUAUUAUUAUAUUUUGAAUUUAAAAUGACUAUCUAUAAUUGAAAAAUUGUAUAAACAGACGAAGUUUUAAUUUAAAAAAAAAAAAAACAAAAACACGAGGAUACAUUUAAACUAAACUUGUACACGUACUUAAAAACUAAACUCAAUAUAUACUCACUAAUUGGUAUACAAGCCACGAAUAUGAUUUUUGUUUUAUCUCUGUUCACCGAUUAUCUACAAAGAUUUCGAGUAAAUAUGAUUUUCGUUUAUUCUAGUUAUUAUUACCCCGGAUAUUAUUUUCAGUACAAAUACCUAAUGUGUUAAUCAGUCACUAUUUGACGUAAUAACCGUGCUAUGUGUUAGGUGUUAUGUUGUACGAUAAAAAAAAUAUAUAUAUAUAAAACGAAAAAAAAAAAAAGAAAUUCAGAAACUUGUUGAGCAUUUGUAGGAUUUGAACUUAGACCUACCUAUUUCCUACCAACUCUAAACUCUAUAUCCCACAUAUGCGUCACAUUAGCAGAUAUUAUCCGUUGUGCCAAAAAAAAAAAAAAAAAUAUGUAAUAUCAUACAACACUAAUGAUUUAUUUGAAAUUCUAAAAUGUAUAACAAUUUUUUAACGCCUAGAUUAGAUUGUGUGACAUGUCAUUUGGUUUCCAUCGAAACUUUCUAGAUCUAAUGAUUGAAGUCCCGUAGUUUUCCAAAAAACAACCGACCAGACUUAAGAAAUCCAUAAGUAAAAAAAAAAAAAAUGGUCAUAACUUAACAUGGUCUCAGAAAGUAGUUUUACAGAACGUGGUUUUCUGGAGAAUAAUAUCGAUAAUAUUACUUUUUACCGACUAUUCUAAAUUCCACGUGGUUUCGCAUUAACUAAUCGAGAGUUAUUUCCGACUAGGACACUGGAUGAAACAGUAUGAGAAUAUUCGAGGUUAGGUUCGAUAAUUAUUUUGUUAAUUAUCAGCAGUGUCAGGAUUAUCCCGAUAAAAUUGUCUAAUAUAUAUUCUAGAUAAAUAUAAAUUAUCUUGUACCACUUAUCUUUUGUAUCACCUUGGUUAUUAUUUUUAGUAAAUACACACAUAAUAGAUGAUAUCAUGUCAUCACUUCUUAAUAGUAUUUUUUUUUUUUUUUAUGAUAUAACGUUUGUGCCACACCGUGCAAUGCGCAUAGAAUAUGAAAUGUAUCGUUGAUGCUCUUAUACUAAGUACAUCUUGGACGAAACACGUACAUUAGUAAUUUAUAAAUACGUCAUAAUAUUAUAUUUUAUACUAAACAAAUUGACUUUUAUGUUUAAAAAAAAAAAGCUUUGAUUUGGAUCGUUUACAGUUAAAUAAAAAUGUAUUAGUCAUUUAAUUUAAUUUAUAGUGGCGUUGAUUUGACAACAGUUCAUUUUCGUUUUUAAACACAUCGGAGUCAUAAAGACAUUAUUUGGUGUUAAAACAAAUAUUUAAAGAGUCCAGUAAUCGUUCAUACCGAGCGUUAAAAAAUUUAAACCCAAACAGUGUUUUAAUUAACCACAGACUAGUCUCAGUUCAAAAACGACGGUCAAAUGUGAAUAACUCUGACGCUUUUAGUGGUUAACUUAAUCUCAGAUUUCUACGCGCGCAGGCCGAUACUUAUAGGCAAUACAAAACGGUAUUGUCCAUGAAUUAUCUCGUCGUUAUCAUUGCUAGGCAACUGGAAAUCUAUUAUCUUUUAUAUCCAUUUCGUCUAGUUAAAUUGUCUUUAUCUUUUAUCCAUACGAAAAUGUCGGUUGUCCCCGACACUGCUUGUCAGCGGGAGCCCCGCCCAUUUCUAUCGAUAUCAUUUCUCCGUCCGAAAAACAACACCGGCCAGACGAACGAAACGCCGCGGAGACGCGACGUCGCGACCACGAAAUUCGAAAACCGAACGUUCCGAGACCGGCGAAAAUGCCGAAAAGUAUGUAAAAAAAAAAAAAAAAAUUAAAAAAAAAUAUAUCGUAUUUUAUACGGCGCGGCGACGACAACGGCGGCGUCGUCUAGAGGCUGAUUAGCUUUCUCCUCGUCGCAACCGUCGAAAUCGAAAACGCAGUUAUUUAAUCGCCGACUUAUAAUAAUUACGGGCCCCGAGCGAUGCACUCGUUUGGUUGAAUUAUUAUUAUUAUUAUACACGUAUACAUAUACGCGUACGUGUAUUAUCGCGCCGUUCGAAAAACUUGACCGUUUUAUUUUUCUCCGAUUCUCGAGGUCGUCGCCGGCGCAAAAAACGCGUACCCAGCAUAACGCGACCUCGUACGCGAUAUCGCGUGUACCGCUAUCGUCACAGCUAUACAUUAUUGUCGUAUUAUUGGGUAUCCUAUGAUAUCUUGUACGCCAAUAUCUAGUUUUUUUUUUUUUUUCUUUCGUGUCAAGAUCGCGGAUCGUUUUCCACGGCGAAAUACCCCGGCGGCGUUUAAACGCGGGGGGAGGGGGGAAAGAGAAAAAAACGGUACAAUAUCGAAAAAUCCCGCGCUGUCCGGAUUGUGCAUUAUGUACGCAUAACGAUGUUCGGUGCGACGCGAUCGUUUUCAGGCGGCUUCGGGAGCCGAACGCUUCAGUCGUCCGUAAUCUGCGGAUCGGAAAAAACGGCGACGGUCCGCGUACAAUACGGAUUGACGCCGCGGUACAUUUUAUCGCACAAAACAUGUAAAUAUUAGUCAUUGCGGUAAAGACGAAACCAAAAAAAAAUCUCAAUCUCAAUCCGGAUCCGCUCAGCACCGUGUAAUAGGACCGGGACCGAAACUCGCGGUGUACCUACCGGAGAGACGGAAUCGGUUCGCGGUCAUGCGUAAUUUUUUUGUUAAAAUACGGAGUCGAAUCGCCCACCCGUUCCGCGGAACGAAGGACUAGAGUUAUGGAUCCUCGUUGCCAACAAACAGGGGACACUUUACGUUCCUCAGACAAAAACAAACACGCGUCACGUUCGCGCGCCCCGUUUUGUUUCUUUCGAAUUUUAACGCGCCUAACAUUAUUAUUAUUAUUAUCCCGGCGCACGGACGGUCCGGACUUCGCGCGGAUUUCGCAUUCACCGCGGCGCGACGGUACCCGCAGCGGGGCGUUUCUGGAGUCCGUCCGCGUUUACACGAACGAUUCGCGGGCCGUCGGCAUAACCGCGAGAAAUCGUUUAGCGGUCGUCCGACACAACGACCAGAUCGUACGUGGGGUCGUCCGACGCGAAAAUGCGAACUGAUUUCGACGAGCACCGCGGGCGUCUGCCGUCCGGUUUUUUUCGGGAGAACGGACGGCCGUGCGACCCGCUCGCGCCGAGGUCGCUCGCGCGCGCAGUUCGGACCGGACGGUCACCGCCGGGAACGCGCGCGUCUCGGGCACGCCGCGGACGAUAUUUUUAAUAGAAUAAUUUUUUUUUUUUUUUUCACCUUUUCAAUCGAUACCGUCCGAACGCCGCGCCGCUGUCGUAACCGUCCGCCCGCACAACGUUGGCGUCCGCGCGCAUAUUUACGGGCAUACCCGAAAUGCCGGCGGCCGUCGUCGCGUAACGUGCGCGCGACGGUUUUAGGUUAUGUUGUCGAAUCUGGUUCGCGGCCGUUGCGUAAGCCCGCAUUGCAACGCGCGAGAUCGGUCUGGGGGUUUUUUUUUUUUUUGCUCUCCGUUUUCUGUCCGAGACCCGCGUACACUUACCCGCCGGCACGCGUUAUUGUAACGCGCGAACGCGUUCUCGUCGUCGCCGAUGACGGACGCGUUGAUAGUAACGCGCGCGACCGAGAUCAACGUAGAAAAAAAAAACGUUAAACCGCAACGCUGCGCGGCCGCGAACGUGCGUUUUCGCGGCGGCCCCGGACCGGUUUCGCGGCGAGACGAAAACCGAGACGAAACGCUACCGUCGCCAAUAUCGUCGUCGUCGUCGUCUUCGUACCCGCGCGCGAAUAAUAAAACUGUUAUAGGUUUUUUUCCUCCGACAUUACGUCGUUCGCGUGCGCGCGGUCCCUCGGGGGGCAGUCUCCUUUCCCGCCGCCGGAAUAAACCAAAAAAAAAAAAAAAAAAAAAUAAAUAUACGCGCGCCAAUAAUAAACGAGGCGAAAACGCGAUUUCUGCGGUGUCCGCUCGGCGUGUAAUACGUGUAGAUGCAUCGGUUUAUACGACUACGGGACGCACGGAAACGCGCAUUUCGUAUUGCAUUAUGUUGGUCAAGCCUACGCGCAGAGCCGUUAUUAGCCCCCCCCCCUCUCUCUCUAUAUCUCUAUAUCUCUCUCUCUCUAUAUAUAUGCAUACGCGAUAUAAUAUAUUUCGUUUUUUUAUUUAUUGCAAUGACGACGUGCUCGCAAAAGAUAAUAAAAACAAAACAAUAAUACUAUAUGUAUAUAUUUGUAUGUAUAAAAAAAAAAAAUACAUAAUACAUAAUAAUCAAGAAGUAUACAUAAUUUGUAUAGAACGGUGACAAUGACAAUGGAAGUAUUACACGCACACACACACGCGCGCGCGCAAAAAAAAAAAAUAUAUGUUUUUAAAAAAAUACAAAUUUACACACAUUAAUAAAAUACAAUUAAUACAAUAAUAUUAUAUACGUCGAAAAGUAUAAAAUAUAAUAUAUACAAUACAAAAAAAAAAAAAAUAUAUUAAGCGAUAAAGAACUAGGAAGAACGUACGAUUAUAUUUUUGCGAUAUCGUGUCCGACGAUAUAUUUUCGUUGAUUUCUGUCGUUUUGCCGUUGUUAAAAAUACGAACACGACAAUAUUAUAUGAUUACUAUUUUUUGAUCGUUCGACCGUUGAGUUUUUCGCUUGACGCCGUCCGUUACGAAUCGGAAAAAAAAAACGUAUUCAUACGGAGGCGUCGCGCGACAUUGGAAAAUUUUCGAUCGGAUAGUUUCCCCGACCGCGAGAUCGCGUAAAUAAUAAUACAAUCGGCGAGUUUCUUGGCGCGUUUUUCGCCGGAUUAUAUUAUUUUCGCGUGAUACGCGUCGCGGCACGGGGAAACAAUGCCGAGCGGUUUUUGUUUGUUUUGCAUUUUAUUUUUUAUCGAUGACCGAGAAUGACGGGAGAAGAAAACGGACGGCGUAACGGGGAAAACCGUUAGUAUUUAGCGGGAGCCGCUGGCGCUCCGGCGGCCGGUGUCUUGGAUACGUUAGCGAAAAAUCCGUUGUCCCAGUCGGCGUAGUACGUGACCGUUCUGAUGGAACCGUCGGGCUCGACAAGGCUGUACUCUCCUUUCACCACCUCGCCGUCUCGUUCUUCUUUUUGGCUCUUCUUGUCGCCGGUGUACGAAUCGUCUACGCUGUACUCGUAGGCGUACCUCGGGUUUUCGUCCUGUCGUGUGCAAACAAAAACGACGAAUGUUACGUGCGAAUACAAUGGUUGGGUUAGGAACAUUGUGCUGGGUCACGGGAUUUUUGCGACAUCCUAACGAGACGGUUAGUUUGCGGGCGAAAAGCCGAGCGGGAAAACGCGCGCGGUUGUCCUACGCUCGUGCGCCGCUAUAGACGCGCCGGAACAACCGUUGUUCGCGGUUAUGCGCGUCAUUCGCGUUACGCGUUUCUUUUCUACGAUUGCCCAAUGAUAAUGUAAAAUUUAAUUUUUCGCCCGAAUACUAUUACGACAGUUAUUCGUUAUGAUACUUACGUAAUUUUCCAAAUGCGUGUUGACGACGUUCUUGGUCGAUUUGGGCUCCGACACGUAGCUAGCGUAGGUCUUGGCCGGCGCGUACGACGGGGCGGCUGGCGAGUACGCGGGGGCGGCCGGGGCGUAUGCGGGUGCGGCGGGCGCGUAUGCCGGUGCGGCGGGGGCGUAUGCCGGGGCUGCGGGGGCGUAUGCCGGGGCUGCGGGCUGGUAAGCCGGACCGGACGAGUAGCUCAGAGCCGCUGGAGCGUAUGACGGAGACGGGUAGCUCGGUUCGGCGGAGUAUUCGGGAGCCGGACCGUAGGAAGCGGCCGGCGCAGGGUACACCGCGAUCGGAGACGACGAGUAUGAUUUUUUCGGCGCGGUGUACGCGGCCGGUGCUGCGGUCGAGUACGACGGUUUGGCGUAGGACGACGGGGCUUUGGUUGCGUAUUCGAUAUCCUCUGCACACUUAGCCGGUGACACAGCCACGUAGCUCGACGGGGUCGAGUAAGCUAUGGUCUUGGAUUCGGAGCUCUUGUGGCUGCUGCCGCUCGAGUACGAGUUGUAGCUCGGCGACUGGUAUUUGGGGGCUGGGGCGGGAGCAGAGUACUUGGGCGGAGAAGCGUAGACGGGUUCGGGAACAGCGUAACUCGGGGCUGGGGUAGAAUAGCUGGGUGCCGAGUAUUUCGGGGCGGCUGGGGACGCGUACGCGGGUUCGGGAACAGCGUAACUGGGAGCGGGUUUGGAGAAGCUGGACGACGAGUAGCUGGACGCGGAGUAGCUUGGCGCCGAGUAUUUCGGGGCGGCCGGUGAUGCGUACGUGGGUUCGGGAACGGCGUAGCUCGGGGCCGGGGUAGAAUAGCUGGAUGCCGAGUAUUUCGGGGCGGCUGGGGAUGCGUACGCGGGUUCGGGAACAGCGUAACUGGGGGCGGGUUUGGAGAAGCUGGAUGAAGAAUAACUAGACGAAGAGUAACUGGGUGCCGAGUAUUUUGGUUGAGAGUAGCUGGCAGGUGCCGGAGAGUAAGACGGACUUGGUGCGGCGUAGCUCGACGAGGCAGCACUUGAGUAACUGGCAGACGAGUAUGCGGGAGCCGGAGAGUAGGCGGGUUUUUGUGCGUAAGAAGCUGGUGCUGGUGAGUACGAUGGGGCAGAAGUGGUGGCGUAUUGGUGUUCAGCUGGAUCUUCACAUUUUGGCGUAGUUACCGAAUAUGGUGCAGCCGGUUUGUAUUCAGCUUUGUAACUGUGUGGCGUAUAUUCGGUGGUGCUGGACACAUACUCUACUGGAGCCUCGUAUUUCGGUGUGGUGUAGACGACCGGUUUGUACGACUGGGCAGAGUAGGCGGCCUUUGCGGGUUUGUAGUUGGUGUUAUAGCUCGGCGAAUUGUAUUUCGGCGUGCUCGGUGACGCGUAGCUCGGAUCGGGAACUGCGUAGCUCUGGGCGGAGUAGCUCGGGGCGGAGUAGCUCGGGGCGGAGUAGCUAGGAGCGGAGUAGCUCGGGGCGGAAUAGCUCGGAGCGGAGUAGCUUGGAGCGGCCGGGGCUGCGUACACGGGUUCGGGGACGGCGUAGCUCGGGGCCGGGGUAGAGUAGCUCGGUGCCGAGUAUUUCGGAGCGGCUGGGGACGCGUACACGGGUUCGGGAACGGCGUAACUGGGGGCGGGUUUGGAGAAGCUGGAAGACGAAUAGCUCGACGAUGAGUAACUCGCAGCGGGUGCGCUUGGAGCCGAGUAGCUCGCGGCUGAGUAGCUGGGCGAUUCGUAACUGGCUGGUUUGGAGUAAGCUGGUUUGGGCGUCGAGGAAUAAGCGACUACCGCGGAUUCAGACUUUUGGGGUCCGUAUUGUGGUGGAUGAGAACAUCCGUCGUCGUGCUGGUGGCUUUCUGCUUCGUACUGGCCACUGCAGCUGCCGACGAUCAACAACAACGUAAUCGCCAAAACCUUUAGAACAGAAAAUAAAAACAAAAUGUUUGAUCGAGACCGUGUAUACGAUAGGUACCGGUGUAAAUGUCCGACGACAUCGGGGGGGAAAAAAAAAAAAAAAAAAAAACUUGCGACACGAAGUGACGAGGGAGCGAGAAAACGAAAAAACUUUUUGUUUCCGAAACGACAACAGUGUAAUAAUAAUAACGUCUGUUUCACGUACCUUAGCUUCCAUGGCGGCGACCGACGUUCGGACGAUGAAGUCGAGUAGAAUUGAAAACAAAACGGACGAUCAAUAAUAUAAACAAUAAUCACUGCAGGUACACGGCGGAUUGAUCGUGUUUUGAACACCGGACUUAUAUAAAUACGACGGAACGCGUUGCGCACGAUUCGAUGCGGUUCGUUAGACGGACACCAAUCACCAGGUGCAAGCCCGCGCGCAAGACUUUAUACGCGGCGCGUCCCACUUCUGUCGCCGGGAAAAAAAAUAAUAACCGCGCCGACCGUUACGGUUAUCCCCUACCAACCGCCGCCCGCGUCCCGUGGCCGGCGAUCGGUAUCGCCUCGUCACCGGUCCCGCGGUGCCCGCGGCGGUUUUUCGGUCCGAAACGGUUUGGGUGUGGCCGGCCGCCCGGCGAGGGGGCCGGUUAUGCGCUGGCGGUACGUAACGACGUAUACGCGCGUUGCCCCCUAGCCGGUCAACGUCCACGUCGCGCCCGAGAUAGCCGUUUCGCGUCGUCGUCGUCGUUACCGCGAUUAUUAUGGCCAUCGUUCUCGCCGCCGCCGCCGCCGCGUCGAUAAUCGUUACCAUAUUACGUAGGUACACAUCGUCUGUUUUAGACUCCCGAGCGAACCGGGGCGAUGUACCGGUUGGGCGCUGCGGAUAAGGUUUUUUUUUUUUUGUCCGUUUCGUUUCCUGUCGCGUUCGCAAACGAAUAUUGUCCGCCGCGGAAAUAUCGCCUCGGACGAAACUUUACGCGGGAACUUUGCCGCGGCGCUUUUGACCGUCGGCCGCGGGCACACGGCGCGACGGCCGUUUUCGGAUGGAUUUUUCCCGCUUGAAAUCGUUUUUUUCGUUCGCGGCGGUACGCCCUCCCGACAGGUGGCGUCAUAGCGCAAUAUCAGAUAUUUUUAUUAUUUUUUUUUUCAGUGAGAACCGCAUUGGUUUCACCAGCAUUGCGUUAUUACGGCGCGCUCGCGAUUUUUUCUUCGAGCGAGGCUCCGCGGGAGCUCACGCGUAGUGCAUUUCGUCUGUAGCCGAUGGGAUCGAAGCGAUCGUUUUCCCCGUAUUUUCCCGGUAACGAGUGAAAACCGAGAGAGACGGAAAGUAUUUGUGAAAAAUAUUUUUAUUUUUUUUUAAAUUUAUUUAUAGAGCUAUGUGAGACGUAUACUUGACCCCGGUCAUAACGAAUUCUUCGCUCCGUAACACUUUUAAGAGAGCGAAACAAAAUUUUCGGUUUAAAAGUUUAUUAAUAAUACAAAAAAAAAAAAAGAAACGCUGUAGUAAAACCAAUAGACUUUCUGACAAUCUAAAAGACUAAUGUUUAGAUAAACGGUUUGCGUAUAUAUUGUCAAUGUUUUACUCAUCUCGGUAAUAAUCUUCAGUAAAUAACGCAGAUUUUUUUUCCCUUUUGUCCGUAACUUUGUCCAUAUUUUGGAAUUGUACGCUUCAUAAAUCUCCGUAUCUCGCUCGACAACUUAAAACGGUAUCCGAAAAACGUUCCGCAUAUUCACAUUAACAUCAAAAUCAACAGCAAAACAUUGGACGUGCCGGACGGAGGUGCGAACGUUGACCGGUUUUCAACGUCGCCCGUAACACGUACUUACGUCCGAUCGUCAGCGACGCGUUUACGCAAGGGCAUCGCGGACAUUUGCUCGCGGGCCCGCGAACCGUGCGACGUUUUUACUGUUGUUAUUGUUAUUAUUUUUUUUUUUUUUUAAUAUUUUACCAAUCGUAUCGGAUUUUUUUCCUAAGCUAACGUUUGGAUGGGCGAACAGACGAUAAGGGGCCCCAGAAACGCGGUACCGUAUCGGGCCCCGUAAAAACAACGGUGAACCGGGACCGGCCAACCGCGACGCGUACAGCACGCCCCUCCGGGGGCCGCGGAAACUCGCGCUGUUGCGGGCCGUCGGCGAUCCGGGAAAAACCGCCGACGGUCUCGACGGCCGCGGAUUUCCACGGCGCGGGCAACAAAACAGUUUUCUGCGCGCGACGUCGCGGUGUCAAUACCGCGUGCCGCAUGGGCAAGUACGUCGGUCGGUCGGUCGGUCGGUCCGGUGACGUCUCGAGCGGCCGGCCGCGUUCAUUAGCGACGGGCGCACGUAAAAUUUGGAGAAAAAAAAAAACCCGAUCCCGGAGGAGGCGCGCUCGGUUACGAGCCGACGGUCAGACGGCGUAAUGGACGACAGGGAGGAGAGAGAGGGAGAGUGAAAAAAAAAAAUACGUUAACAAUUCAGUCAACGCCGUCGCGGCCGCAGACGCGGUGCGUACCGGUUUUUUUUUUUUCCCCGGCCGUUUUCGUUUUCUGUCCGAGUGCAUUUUAUCGCGUCGAAGUAUUACGAGCGCCCGUCACGGUGACGUCGUUUCGUCCGCCGCAAAAGCGGCCGGUCCGAAAUGCUAAAAAACGCCGAUACGAGAAAACAAAAAAAAAAAACAAAACCGUUUCGUUGUUAUUAGAGGUACCACCACUCUCGUACAACUGCGGCCGCGAUCUGGAGGAGGGGGGCGUCCGAAUUAAAUUGCGACCGGUCGCGAGGUUUUUCGCGGAUAUUUAUUCCGCCGCAAUCGUGAUAACGAACGAAAAACGCGGAGGCGUGCUCACCGUGAAAACGAAAAAAAAUAAAAAAAAAUAAUAGUAAUAAUAAUAAAACAGAAACCGAGCUGUCGUCGUCGUCCUUUCCGUUUCAUGAUUUCUAAACGUAAGUUUAGAACGCCCUGUACUGUCCGUCCGUCCGUGUAGCAAUUGCUACGGCACGCGUGGUCACGGUUCGUCGAUUUGGCUGACGGCGAAUAUUAUUAUAAUUCGUAAAACUUUUAUCGCGAUCACAUUGCCAAUUUCGCAUUCCGAGCGGAGCGAGCAACGUAUUGGUUUUACAAGGAUGUUUAUUUUACUCUUUUUUUUUUUUACGCGAACACUUUUUUUCUACCAGAAUGCUCACUCCGAUUAUCAAGUGUACAGUAACGUUUCUGCGAGGAAAUUUUCUCGGGGUGCGGUACUUUAAGGGCGUCAUUUUAUAAAAUUCUCGUUAAUGUUCGAGAUAAUGAGAAAAACCUGGUCCUUUGUGUUAAAAAAUAUUGAAAGAUUAACGUCGGCAACCGCUUUUAUUUAUUUUUCGUUAUUAUUAUUUUAAUAUUUUUUUUUUUUUUUUUAACAAUCAUUGUUGUCGUGAAAACGCAAAUUGUUGUAAUCAUUUUACCACAAUAUGACAUAUAUAUUGUUGACAAAGCAACACUAUCAACUGAACUCCGCUCAGAAUCGUUUUUUCGUUAGCAAUGGUUUAUCGUUGCUUACAGAUAUACAUUAAAUUCCCGUCUGUAUCCCACCUUUCCCAACUAUCCAAUCUACAACAGUGGCUGCACCCACGUGCGAAGUACGUCCGUCCUUUUCUAAAUGUAAAUUCGUAACUUUAUUGCCAGUCCUACUAAUUUCACAAAUGCGAAAGUUUGUUCGGACAUUUGUUACCACUUCUCGCCAACAAACUAACGAACGGAUUGAGCUGAAACUUUGCAUAGACACAGUUCUAGACUAGGAAUACAUUUUCUAGUUUCUCUACUCCAAUACUGCCCCACCUCUAAUUCCGCCACUGAAAGACGGUUCACGCAGAUUUAACGGUAUUUUCUGUACGAAAAUCGAAUUUUUUUUUUUUUAGUGAUAUAUUGCGGUUAUCGUAUGGAAGAGAGAAACAAUUGAAAAAAAUAGCCGAACAAAACAAUAAAAAUUAUUACUUUUGGCACAGGUAACGACGGACGGGACUACUGGUUUAGGUAUAAAUUCGUAACAUUAUUAUUAUUAUUAUUGUAAAAUAUUAUCAGUGUUUGAUAAUGUACCGUGUGACCGUAUGUGUGGCAACACCGGUAACGUACGACUUAAAUUUCGGUACCUAUAGGCCGCGUUUUGGGCGUCACAUAUACAUCAUUUUUCAUAGAAAAACGCCUCGAAUUUCGUUGCUUUUUAACAAAAUAAAAUUGCGAUUUUAACGGGGGGCAUCGAACAGUUUGUAUCUGUCAUUCGGAGAAAUCUACUUAUUUAAAGUAACGCGAUACAUUUCUCAGACGGGACAUUAACAUACGAGUAAUAACCGAGAAUAUGUUCACUACUCGGAGUGUCCCAAUAGUAGACUCUCCAAUUAAAUGGCUUUCGCUUUAUUAAAAAUAUUUCGAUUUAAUUAUAAGUGUAUUAAUAUAAUACAAUUAUAUUAUUGUAAGAGUUGUAUGUGGGUACUGUAUUUUAUAAUUUUGACAAGUAUCCUUUUUAAGUCCAAUUAAAAAAAAAAAAAAAAAACCGAAUUUUGUACCGCCCUAAUACACUUAUAAAAAAUGGUAACAAUAAUAUCGAAGAGAAUUCUUUUUUUAAUUUUUUUAAUUUUAUUAGAAAUGAACCGGUAGUUGUAGUUCAUUGCAAAUGGUGAUUUCCAACCAACGAUUAUUAUCAUUAUCCACUUAAAUUAGAGCUCCCUAUUGCACGUGUACACGCUUUCACGUAUUCACGUGGAAUUAACACUCGAAUCCAUACAGCCGUAUAUAUCUACUUAGAAAAUACGAGUAACACGUAUGUCCACGUAUUUCACUUAUAAUAUAAGUACUACAAUAUAUAUAAAUAUAUGUAUAUACUUAUAAAUUACAAGUAUUAAAUAUAAACUAAUACUUUUUAGAUUCGGCGCGUAGUGAGAGGGAUCCGUUGGUUUUACCAUGAUGUGUUUUUUGUAUUUUGUAUUUAUUUUUUUUCACGAGGCUAUGCGCAACUUUUCUACCAGAAAUAAUGUUCCAAUAGAAAAACAACGAAAGACCUUUUUUCGUCGAACUUUUUAUCUAGUUGAUAAGUACUAAAAUCACAUUUUGAUUUUACGUGCAGAUUUUUUUUAAUGAUUAAUAGAACAAAACUCUUUUCUUUUUUUUAAAAAAGCCAUUUUUGCUUUUAGUUUCUAAAAUUUAAACUUUUCUAUCUUUUUCUGUUGUAUUAUAUUAUACAAUACACGUUCCAGUCUGUUUCCACCUACUGUGCAAGUUUCAUCAUGGUUUCUAUCGUACACUAUCGACGCGGUCUUCCCCGUAGCCUCAUUGCUUUUGUUUCUUCGUUUAUAAUUAUCUUCAUCAGUCGCCAAACACAGUGGCGUCAUUUAGAUUUAGCGAGAUUUGGUCAUUUGCGUGUUUACAAUUCAAUAUUAAAAUAAUUUGGCCCGGCGUUAUAAAUUGUUUGGCUCGAAUGAUGCGUAUAGUGGCUCGCGCAUUACUGGUCCAUAUAUUUUACUUUUAAAUUAAUAUUUUGUUUUUCUUUUGGACUCAAAUCGAAAACACGAUUGAAACAUUGCGUAUAGAUAUUAACGACCGUGAUUACCAAGUUCUCUCUCUAAUCUUGAUCGUUUGUGCACGCAACUUUAUUAGCUUUUACCUAAUGUCUUAUUGAAUGGUUUAAUGAUGUGUUUGAAAAUACGUGGAUUAUUUUAUUUUUGUUGUGUUGAAAAUUCUAGACAGGGUUUGUAACUAGUGUAAUCACAUGCGUAUGAAAAAAAAAAAAAAAAAUUUAAAUGACGUCAUUCGUUAAACACGUCCAGUCUAUUCCAGUUUCGUGCACCUAAUUGGAUGGACCACGAUUUACCUUUUUUUAAACCGCAUUUCAUUGAUUAGCCGAUCUUAAUUUUGCAUCUUUGCGCUUCGGCGUUGUACAUCACGCCAUUGAUAUUACUUGUAACUUCUUCUCAAAUCUUAAAAUCCGUUUUAUUCAUCACUUUUCGUCGUGGUCCACGUGAUACAUCACGCGUAAGUAGAGCGCUGGCUAGUAAUUCGUACUAGUCGGUGUUAACAAAAAUAGUUACCAGAAUACACGUGUUGUAAUGAUUUCUCGGAGAAUUUAAAAAAAAAAAAAAACAACAACGUCCUGUCCCGUCGUCUCCAAACGAAAACAUUCGAUUUACGUAAGUCCGUACGCGCAUGAGCAUAUAUACCGCAUACUGCGGGUCGCUAUUAAAUCCGUUCGAAACAAUUGCAUAUGGAAUUAUAGUUUUCAUUGUUGUUUCGACUCGACACGUUCGCCGAGUGGGGGGGGGGGGGAGGGGCUGGUUCCCGACUUUCGUUCGCACGUCCAUAAACAAUAAUAAUAAUAAUAAUAAUAACAGUAAUCAUAUUUCGCUCCGCGGAAAAAAAAAAAAAAGAGUGGGCGACACUCGGACGACCGCGACGACGGCGGAGUCCCCGGGCCGCGAGAGAGUUCGAUUUUUCGCCUCGUUAAGAAAUAUUAAAAAUACAAAUUCCCGGGCGUUGCGUAACGUUUUCCGAGACGCACGAGCUCGAAAGAAUUCCGUCUGAAAUAUUAUUAUUAUUAUUAUUGAUAUUGUUGUUAUUAUUAUUAUUAUUGUUGUUGUUGUUGUUGUUGUUAUUACUGUCGGCGUGUGUCCGAAGGCGCGCGAUUUAUUAUCUCCGCCGCCGCCGCCGCCGCCGUUAUUAUCGUUUCGUCCGGUGGCCGUCGUCGCCGAGAGUCGCGCGCGAUGGUUUUCGCCGAUAACCCCCCCCGAACGCGCUGUCGUCGAGAUGACAAUACGCGAUAGCCGCGCAACAACAAUAACUGUAAUAAUAUUGUAAUGUUAUUGUUUUGUUAUCGUCCUUCCCACGUCCUCUCCCCAGCCGUCCCGCCGCCGCCGCCUCGCGGUUCGGCCAAAUCGUUUUUAAAACGGCCCAAAGCGAUCCGGGGGGGAGGGGGGGGUGGGCGAGAGAGAGGGGAGAGAAACCGCGAGCGUAUAGAAGUCGUACCGUUUAUAGGAAUUUCCGUUCGGCCGUGACGCGUGUCCGGGGAAAAACCGUGUAUCGCGGUAGGAAUUCGCGCGAAACCGACCGCCCGGGUACACCGAAUCGAACACCGCCGCGUACGUUGUCCCGUUCGUGUGCGACGGAUUACUUCGGAUAGUGCGCGCGCGCAAACGUCCGCGUUCUACGGUGGCGAUACACGAGAAUAAUAAGGCGACGCGACGUUUCCGCCUUCACCCGGGGUGUCGAUAACUGCGAAAACGGCGGACGGUACUGCGGUUCUAUCGCGGCCCGUCCCGUUUCGCCGCUCCUUCCCGGCUUCGCGUAUCGACGCACUACGCCCCGCACGGAUUAACGCGCGGGCGAGACCGUCACGUGCCUGCAAUACUUUGACAGUGGCGCGGGAAUCGUUCCGUUCGUUUUACGUCCGCGGCCGUACCCCUCAGUAGAACGUUUUGGGUUGAGCGCGUUAUUUAAAACGUUAUCGAUAAUGCAAUUUUGUGCGGUGCGUUCAAAUCAUUCGACAAUUGUGUACGGCAAAGUUUCAAAAACGACGCGCCCCCCGCGGUCACGGCCCGGCUCGAUUCGGUCCUGCGCGCCUUCAUAAGCGCGUACCGAUGUCACGCUCGUAAUGCAUUUGAUUCGAUCGAGCGUAACCGGUGACGGGUAUCGCUCAGCGUAAUAAGCGAACGCGCGCGCUUUUAAAAGAAUAAUAUUUUAUGUCCGCGCGCCAUUCCGCUUAUCUAAAGUGCGUUUGGACACGUAUCGACCGCAGUAAUAUAGACGCCAAUGAUACGUACCCGUAUUAUGAGACACGAAAAUAAACCCAUUAGUUAGGUUUGGCGCCGGUCACGUUAUUAAACGAACGCGAAAACGUCGGCAGGCACGGACGGUUGUCGCGCAUGUGUAUGAAAACUGAAAAAAAAAAACAAAAAAAAAAACGUUCAACUCGUAUUGUAAGUACGGGUCUUUUGACGCCUACUGCAAUCGUGUCUUUCGGUCGUCACGCCGUCGUGUUAUUCGUCUCAGGGCGGAUCGCGUUCCUUCGGGCUUCGGCCGAACCCGUGCCGCCGCCGGUAGUACCGGCAAAAAUGUGUCUGAAAAAACGUCUUUAUCGAUCGAACGAGUCACGCGAUCUAUCCGGGUCCAGCCGCUAUUAAAAUACCCGACCUACCGCAUAGGCGUUAUGAUAUAGUUAUACUGUUGUUAAACUUGGUGUAAAAACGCGAGGUUCAAAAAAAAAAAAAUAGCAAAAAAACGAUUACCUCGCGCCUUUAUUUUUAUCAGUAGCUAAGGGUGUUUUUAGACCGUUCUUUUGGUAUUUUAAAGAACUGACUGUGUAUUCGCUUGUUUACCAAUCGUACGAUUUAUAUUUUAUGUUCCACUUAUAAGUAGCGAACGGAUUAAUAUGCAAUUAAAAUUCACAAAAAAAAAAAUGCUUAAAAACAUUAUAAAAAGUUCCUGAAAAAAGCACUAAAAAAUUAUUUAAAAAGCAAAAACCGUAGAGAGAUUUAAAUGUCCACUCAUCAAAUGACUUCAAUGUAAUGUUUUAACACUUCGAUAAUGAUUGACACGAAGUAAUUUUUUUAAUGAUACGUACAAUUUAUUAUAAAAAAUUCACUGUUAAUUAUUAUUAUAAUUGUAUGAUAUAAUAUAUAUUUUUCGAACCAUUAAAGUAAACAUUUAGGAAAAAAACAAUUUUUAGUACUAAAAAUGAGAUUUAAUAAGUUAGAGCGUUAGAUGGGAGAUUUUUAAACUUCUCUGCCGUUUUCGAUUUUUAAGUGCUUUCUAAAUUAUUUGUUUGACGUUUUUUUUUUUUAAGAGCUAAUAAACUCGUUCCCAAGUCAUAAGUAUUAGAAUUUCAUUUGAUUAUUUCAAGUUUUCGUUAUUAUUUUAUGCUCUCGAUGCCGUAACUUUGAAAUCCGGAUCCAAGAAAGCAAAAUAUGUUUCGAUUCGACACUCUCGAAGGAUAAUUAAAAAAAAAAAAAAAUAAAUAAACAUUUGUACGGACACUUGCAGAAUUCUGUAUAUUGUUGUAAGUUCGUGUUGUCCGUAUUCGUAGAGUCGAUUUUGAAACGGCUACCUACCACUCUACGUAAAAUAUGCUUGUGUAUAGAACAAUAAUAUUACACGUUAAAGUAGUUUUAAUGUUAUGUGAACGUUUCUUACAUAACAAAAUAUUAUAAGUUAAAUGACUACAUAAUAUCGUAUUCUAAUAUAACGUUUAACUUUCAUAAUCACCCCCGUAAAGUUGCUCUGGAUAUUAUGUGCCACUCUACGUAAUCAAACAAUAAAGUAGACUGGCGUAUCCUAUGCAGUGUUGUAUAAAGAUAAACAUUUAAAUAUCUCGAUAAACAUGGGAGAUAAUUGCUGGAAUAAUAACCAAGACGUAGACAAAAUAUGCAUAACAAUUUAACUAUCUAGACAAAAAUAGAACACCGGCGACUUUUUAUCUAGAUAAAUGAAAAAAAAAAAAAAAAAUUUCGGUCAUUACCUGAAAGUAGCUAAAAGUAAAAGUGUACCAGAUCCGGUACAUUUCGAUGUAUCAAAAAGUUUGAGGCGCGGUUGAUUACGAAGUUUAAUAAUGUAUUUAUUUAAAUCAAAUGUGAUUUUUUUUUUUUUUUUUUUAUCACGGACCAGCAAUUUUCUCGGAGGAUUUUAAGCAAAUUUAAUUUGUUUUUUUUUUUUUUUUAAACAUUGUAGAAUUGUUUAAACUUUAUUUUAAAACAAUUUUAAUAUUGUACUCCUCACUUCAUAUACCUUUAAUAGGUACCUUUCAUAUACCUACUUAUGUUUUUCUACAAGAACCCCCUCUCUUUUUGAACACAGAUUCGAAUAGAGAAUAUGAUGCUAGGCGUUUUCAUAUGCAUAACACUAAUAUAAGAUUUAUUUUUUAAGAGUUAUUACCAUUUAAAGUUUAGACAGUAGGAGUACAGAAGGUUUAUAAGUAAAUGGUUUUAAAAUAAAGUUUAAACGAUUGCACAAUGUUUAAAAAGAAAUCAAAUAAACUUAAAAUUCUUCGAGAAAACUGCUGGUUCAUGAUAAAAAAAAAAUCGCCCUGUAUAUACAUAAAUUACGUGUGAAAUGAUAAUUUUUUGUCCACAGGUAAUCUCCGAAACUACUGAAUUCAUCGACUUGCUUAUUUUACAAAAAAAGAAAAAAUAUAGAGUACACCGUGGAGCCAGUUUUAAUACGCCAAAAAAAUGUUUAAUUCUCAGGAUAAGCCAUGCUGGACAGCUGUUAAGUUAAUAUAAACUAAAC